GACAAACAAACAUUGAGUAUGGUGAUAAACAAACAGAAUAGAGAAAAAGAAGAAGACAAAAAAGAGACAUGUGUAGCCCAAAUUAUUCUGUCUAAUACACACAUAGUCUAAUAUCUACAUAAGAAAAAUGUGUCUUUUACUCGGUCCAACAAGUUCAGGGAAAACUUUGCUAACAAGAAAACUGAAGUCGAAUGAUGAUUUAAAAUGUGGCAUUGCUAAUAUACCAUCAACAUUGCCAACAAUUGGUACUAACCUUGUUAAUAUAACACUGAACAAGAAACAAGAAAUUACUGUCAGAGAACUUGGAGGGCCUAUGUCUCCAUUAUGGCCAAAUUAUCUCAAAGAUUGCAACAGUCUGUUGUACGUGAUUGAUAUGUCAAAUCGUCUUCAGUUGGCGGCCGCCUGUAUGUUGUUCCUUACUGUCCUUACAAAUCCAAACUUAAAAGACUGUCAGGUGUUGGUGCUUCUGAACAAGAUAGAUUUAGCUACUUCAAUGAGCAGACUUGAGUUUGAAUCUCUGUUCCGAUGGAAUGAUAUUGUCCGCCAUAGUAAACACAAGAUCUCCCUGAAGGAAGUUAGUGCUGUGACAGGCCAGGGGCUCUCAGGGGUUCUGGAAUGGAUGCAGCAACAUAGCAGAUGAUGUUUGUAAAACCUAGUGAUAUUUUUGUAAUAUAACCUUGCCAGCCAAUAUGCUGUGUUGUGAUAACAGCAUUAAACUACAGUGUUGCACAGUAUUAUAUGAUUGUUCUAGUGCUCCAGGUGUGUGAUUUAUUUGUGUUGGUCUGUUCCUUUUUUCCUGAUUACUUCUAAAGGGUGUUCAUGACAUGACUUUGUAGACACUGCAUGGUUAGAGAUAAAGAUUUUUUGGCUACUCACUCGUCCUUUUCACUCAAAAACUGAUUUUUAAUGGAUGGAAAUUUUUUCGUGUUUCAUCAUUGAUGAAAUGAGAAAUAAAAUGUGAUGUGAUGGUUUGUCAAAAACAUAUAUAUGUGCUUAUUAUAUAUCUAUAAAUUUUAGGAACAGAAAGAUUAUUACAUAAUGUUGUUGCAUAUAUACAACUCAGAUGAAGAAAUUAAUUGUGUAUUCAUACAUGUGUUAUUUCAUAGUUAUUUGUACUUUUUUGCAAGAAUGCAACUCAAAUGAUGAGAUUUAUUGUGUAUAUAUACAUGUACAUGUAUUUAACCUAAGUAGGAUAGAGGUUAUGCUUUCCCAAAGCCUUUGUGAUAAAAUGUCAUAAUGUCUGAAAGUCUCUUUGAUAUAAUAUGUCAAAUAUAUAAUACAGUGUCUGAUAGUUCAUGUAUGUAUGAAUGAUUUUGUUCCAUUGCCUGUGUGAUAUAAUAUAUGACAUUAUACCUGAUCAACUGUAUGAUAUGUGUUCAUGUCUGAAAAUGUGUGUGAGAUAAUCAUGUAUCAUUGUGUCAGAUAGUAUGUGUGAUAUAAUAUGUCAUUGUGUCUGAUACUGUAUACAGGGUUAUUUUUGCCCAGUGUUAUUUUAACCCUUCUGCACUUACUAUCAAUUUUGCCCCAUUUUAAAUUUUCUCAGUUAUAGUUCUGUUUAUUAAAUCAUGCUGUAUUCUUUGAGUUUGAAUUCACCUGUUAAAACUUGCCCAACCAUGAAGAGAGCUGAAGGGGGGAAAAUAAAAUGGAUGUGAAAAUUUCCCUUUAAAUAGUAAUGUGUGUGAUGUAGAAUUAGGGGUUGUAUGUAUUAACAAUCAAUCCUAUGCAUUUAUAAUUGGUUGUGAAGAAGCUAAAAAAAACAUGUCUAUUUACAACAAAGACAAUGAUGACUUUGUUUUUCAAUUACCCUAGAAAAAUCCAUUAAAAAAUCAUGAUUUUUCCAUUGUAUAUAGGCUGGAUUUUUUCAUGAGUCAUGAUAUAUUCUGAUAUUUGUGAAAUGCAUGUGCACACUUAGCAAAAUGUUCUUGCAGUUCAGCCAAUGCUGUUGAAUGAAUGAUACAUCUUUUCUUUAAAAGGGCUGAUAAAUUACUUAAUGAAUUGUUUGAAGACAAUUUUGUUAAUGAUAUGGAGUAUAUAAUAGUGUUGGAGUUUAGAUCUCAAAUGUAAUAUACAAAGUCUUGACAAAGCAAAGAACAUGUAUCCUGCUUCCUGUUGAUUAAACUUUCCUGAAAUGGU